CUGUCAACAGGAAGUGAGCGUGACUUCUGAAGCGACUUCAAAAUAAACUACAGGAGCUUGCGCUUCUCUGUACUUCCGGUUUCGUCAAAGACGCCUACGGAGAACUAAAGUGCUGCCCCAGGAUGGAGGACACACACAUACGCACUUGCAUCAGGCGACUUUACAUCUGACUCCCACCGACUGGCUGAAGUUCUUCUCAUCUUAACCUCUCACUUGUGAGUCAUCGCUGUCUCCUCUCCGCACAGUACCUGAUUGGGUGCUGGCUGGUCCCUUUGUAAUCAAGCUGAAUGAUGAGAGACUCAUCACAAACCUCCCACCUCAGUCAUUGUCUGACAGACCUACUUGAGCCACUGGGUCUUCCCAUGCUCACUAAUUCAAAGUCGUCCGUGUGUCAUUGACUCCCUGAUGGACUACUCUGCUACGUGACGGACAUGAGGAAAACUCCAAAAAGCAGCCGUCCUCUGUCAGAGGGGUGAGGGGGGGGUUAAGGAGUGGGAGGAGGCGAGGAGGAGGAGGUGGGUGAUGCAUCCUGUAGGUCUAGGAUGACUGUGUGUGACUGACGUUCUUGAUUCAUCAUCCAACAUCCUCAUGGGCAGCAAGGCUAUAUAAGCUGGAUCACACCUGCUCAACAAUAACCACUGCAGACCUCCGCCGACUAACCUCAUCCUGUUACCAAAGUCCAGGUGCCUUGAGCGACUCCACAGCAUGCUGCCUGGGAGAGCGGCUGAUGUCCAGCACUGUGUCCUGACGAGCCGCUGGCUGCCCGCAGUCCUGGCACUGCUCCUCCUCCUCUCCUCCAGCAUCAGCAGCGCUCACAGCACCACGGUGGAGCACGACUUCCACAUCGUUCACAAUGUGGACAACAGAAGUCCAGAGAUAGACCCAUUCUGGUACGCAGGGCGCGGGGUGAGACCCAUCGGACGCUUUGGGAAGAGGCACAGCGUGGGGGCUCUGGGCAGCAGCGGGAUGCAGCCUGUCGUCAGGACGCUGGAGCUGCUCCUCAACAGCAUCAGAAACAAGGAGAACCUCAAGAAAGCACUGGAUGGAGAAGACAGGGAUUGGUUACCAUGACAGCGUGUCCUCCCCCCUCAAUUCAUAAACUCUGAGUGUCUUUAUUUUUUAUCUUGAUUACAGUUACUUACUCUGUAUUUCUCCCUGGUGUCUGUUCUGAGGCCUUGGUUGACA